CUUAUAGAUCACGUGACUGUGUUUACAGGCAUCCGGAGAAACAUGGAGGACACCGCUGGCAGUAAUCCCCAAUCUCUCGGAUUUACAGAGAAAUUAAAGUCUUGGCUCUCUUGGUCAUGGACCUAUGUGUGCUUCAUUUGGUUCGGCAUGGUGCUGAUCAUGAUAUACGUCCUGUGGAGCCCGCUGAAACUGCAGGAAACUCUCACCUCAGCCUCAGUGUUUCUGAAUACACUGACCCCCAAAUUCUAUGUGGCUCUCACUGGAACCUCCUCUCUCAUCUCUGGACUCAUCCUUAUAUUUGAGUGGUGGUAUUUUCGUAAAUAUGGGACCUCAUUCAUUGAACAAGUAUCAGUGAGCCACCUGCGUCCUCUUCUGGGUGGAGUGGAGAGCAGCUCCACGACUGGUCUGUUUGCAUCAGUUAAUGGAGAGGCAGAGCCUAGGCCCAGUGUUUCAGAGUGUAAGGUCUGGAGGAAUCCUUUGAAUCUGUUCAGAGGAGCAGAAUACAACAGGUAUACCUGGGUAACAGGGAAGGAACCCUUAACAUACUAUGAUAUGAACCUGUCGGCUCAAGACCAUCAGACUUUCUUCACAGGAGACACUCCGCAGUUAAGACCAGAGGAUGCUGUGAUGCAGAAAGCCUGGAGAGAGAGAAAUCCUCAAGCCAGGAUCAGAGCAGCUUACCAGGCCAUAGAAAUGAACCAUGAAUGUGCUGCAGCCUAUGUGCUCUUAGCAGAGGAAGAAGCCACAACCAUCACAGAAGCUGAGCGCCUGUUCAAAAAAGCACUAAGUAUUGCAGGAAAAGAUAUCAACUUACUGGUGUACAUUAAACGCAGACUGGCAAUGUGUGCACGCAAGCUGGGACGGAUUAAAGAAGCGGUGAAAAUGAUGAGAGAUUUAAUGAAGGAGUUUCCACUUUUGGGAAUGUUAAAUAUACAUGAAAACCUCUUGGAGGCACUUCUAGAGCUUCAGGCAUAUGCUGAUGUCCAAGCAGUCCUUGCCAAAUAUGAUGACAUCAGCUUGCCGAAAUCCGCCACUAUAUGCUACACAUCUGCACUGUUAAAAGCACGGGCUGUAUCAGAUAAGUUCUCUCCAGAGGCAGCGUCUCGGAGAGGGCUAAGCACAGCAGAGAUGAAUGCUGUGGAGGCCAUACACAGAGCUGUUGAGUUCAAUCCACAUGUGCCAAAGUACUUAUUAGAGAUGAAGAGCCUGAUCCUCCCUCCAGAGCACAUCUUGAAGAGGGGUGACAGCGAGGCAGUGGCAUAUGCUUUCUUCCACCUGCAGCACUGGAAGAGGGCAGAAGGAGCCUUAAACCUACUACACUGCACCUGGGAGGGCACCUUUAGGAUAAUUCCCUACCCACUGGAGAAGGGUCACCUGUUUUACCCCUACCCAGGAUGCACAGAAACAGCAGAUAGGGAACUGCUGCCCUCUUUCCACGAGGUGUCUGUGUACCCAAAGAAAGAGCUUCCCUUCUUCAUCCUCUUCACAGCAGGCCUUUGCUCCUUCACUGCCAUGCUGGCCAUGCUCACACAUCAGUUCCCGGAGCUCAUGGGUGUUUUUGCCAAAGCAUUCUUCAGCACACUCUUUGCACCCCUGGGUUUCUUCGCAGACAAGAUGGAAAGCUUCAUGCCGUCCAGUUUUUGGCACCAGCUGACUCGAAUCUGACCCCAUCUCUCUCACACACACACACACACACACACACACACACACACACACACACACACACACACACACACACACACACAUACAUACACUCACGCACAGACACAAAUAUACACACACUCCAAACCCUCGGACAAAAAGUGUUUGCUCUCCUGUCUUCAGCAUUACUGUCCACUUGCUGCAUUGUCACUGAUUAUGUUGGCUGAGGUUGUAUCAACAUGGCAAUAUCACUCUAAAGAUGCUCUCCCACACUGUUCCAACAGCCACAGUUUUUCCAAGAGCACAUUUAGUGAAUACCAUUUGCAAUGAUUACACAGGGUCGUUCAUUAGCCAUGAUGUUAGCACUGGGCAAAUUCAAGUUUUUGUGUAUCCCACAAAGCGUUGCUGCAUAUAUUUGGUGCAAAAAUCUAAUUAGGAAUUCAAUAGAGGCACUUCUCUGCUCCAUCACAAUAAUAAAGUCAAUUAAAUCAUGAAAAAAGCAUGUUUUUAACACAUCUCUGACUACUGUCAGAUGAGUUAUAAACAGAAAAGACAAACAACAAUGUACGUUAUGUACAUUAAGGAUGUUUAUUAGAAUGUGUUCACUGAUAUAACCCUGUUUAUUUAUUUAUUAGUAUCACAAAAGAUACUAUUGGGUAUUUGGGAUGGGAACCUAUGUGACCUAUAUCAACCUUUUAAGUGUCCCGCAGACAUCCAGUGGGGAAGAUUUAAACAUCUGUGGGAAAAGGGGAAAAAAGCUGUGAUUUACAGCUUCAAAGUGCCUGCAGUGUAUACAACGCCUCUGCAGUUUCACAGUUGUUACUAUGGCAUGACACCCCAGCACUACAUCACUGGGGCAACCGCCACCCUUGCAACAUCCAAAUGUAAAUGGCAUCAUCACUGGUCACAGUUAGGCCUGUCAUGGCGUCACUCAUUUCUGCUGAUUGCACCACAGUGUGUCAAACACCAAACAAAAAUGAAAGAGGCAGACAUUGCCAUAGUCAUGCAGAGAAUUAACCGGCACAGGCAACCUAACAAUAGCUGUAAUACAUGAUGUUACAGUAGUUCUAAAUAAACAGACAAGCCCACAGAGAAGCAUUUGGUAAUAGGGGACAAAAGGUACAGACGCACACAGACAUAAUGUACAAAGCAAGCUAUUAUUUUACUCCGUAUGUACAAAAUCACUUGCUUUGCCUUUGACUGUGUCUGUUCAUUGUGUUGAUUCUUCUAUAACUGGUUUAGUUCUGACAUUUUUUUUUCUCCCUCAUCUCUGUUUCAUCAAACUAAAGAUGCCAGCUUCAGCUCGUUGUAAAGUUUAAUGUAAAAACUAACCGGUAAUGUAAUAACCUGUCCGAAACAAAUGUGCCUGGUUCUAAAUCGUAAAAAAGCCUGUACAUGUGAUAUAUAAUCCUAUUAUCGGUGUAAAACGUUAUGAUUGACACAUAACAACACUUAGUUGUUGAUGAUGAGAACAUAAUGCAACAUCAUCCAACAUUUUAUUAUAUUAAUAGGUUUACUUAAUUUUAAACCACUCAAACCGUAAUUGUUGACUUUAUUUUGUCAAUUGGCUACUACAACAACAUCUACUUUACACCAAAAUCUACUGUAAAAAACGACUCUUCACUCUACUUUUAAUAAUAAAAUGUGAUAAUGAAGUGCCUUUUAGUACAUCACAAUAGUUAAACAAACCAAUUUGGAAUUUACUGCACCUACAGUAUUAAUGUCAGGUUUAGUGGCAACUCUGUUCAGCUUUGAUGGAUUCAAUUAAAUACACAGACACCUUCAGAAACUGUAAUUUAUAACAGAACUGUUGAUGUUUUAUUAUAUUUUUAAUAACCCCGGGCUACUCUUCAGAUUCAGUUUUGCAUCUCACUUCAUGGUCUGUAAUAAGUCUGUUUCAAUUUCUGACACUUGAAAUGUGAAAUUUUAAAGUGCGCAAACAAAAUAUAAAGGGUACAUGCUGAAGACAGAAGACUGUUUAAAAUAUUGUAACUACCCUUGGAUGAAUUUGAAGGCAAAACUUACAAUAAAUGUCUUUCAGUGCAA